GACGGCUUCACUUGAUUAAGUGCAUUCACUAUAGAGGAAAGCUUUAGCGAUGGAUAACUACCAAUCAUUGGUACCAAUUUCUGCAGCAGUUUUCGUAGUAUGGUGUGUUUUACUUGGAAUGUCUUUUCAUCAAAUCGAUGAAGGUCAUGUUGGUGUCUAUUACCGUGGUGGAGCUCUACUAUCUCAGACCAACGGACCCGGUUAUCAUCUGAUGAUUCCCAUCAUAACAACAUACAGACCUGUUCAGAUUACUUUACAAACUGAUGAAGUAAAGGAUGUUCCUUGUGGUACAAGUGGUGGUGUUGUCAUUUAUUUUGAUCGUGUUGAAGUAGUCAAUUAUUUGGCGGCUGAAAGUGUUCAUGAUAUUGUCAAGAAUUAUACAGCUGAUUAUGAUAAAACACUAAUAUACAAUAAAAUUCAUCAUGAACUAAACCAAUUUUGUAGUAUACAUACUCUACAAGAAGUGUACAUUGAAUUAUUUGAUCAAAUAGAUGAAUUUUUAAAGCGAACAUUGCAAGCAGAUCUAAUUUUAAUGGCUCCUGGUUUAUAUAUUCAAGCGGUACGAGUUACGAAGCCUAAAAUUCCUGAAGCCAUUAGACGCAAUUAUGAAGCUAUGGAAGCUGAAAAAACAAAACUGCUAAUUGCUGAACAACAUCAAAAGUUAAUUGAACGAGAAGCUGAAACUGAGCGUCGUCGUGCAAUAAUUGAGGCUGAAAAGCUAGCUGAGGUUUCUGCAAUAGAAUGGCGAGCUAAAUUAGUUGCUCAAGAGCAUGAACGAAAAAUCAGUGAAGUUGCAGAUGCCACACAACUUGCCCGAUCUAAAGCGCUUACAGACGCAGAAUAUUAUCGUGCCAUGAAAGAGGCUGAAGCGAGCCAUUUAAAGUUAACCCCAGCGUAUUUGGAAUUAGCGAAAUACCAAGCUUUGGCACAAAACUCUAAAGUUUACUUUACCGGUGAUCAAGGAAACCUUAUUAUGGAUCUUUUGAACCAAAUGUCUUCAAGUUUGUCUAAAUCAAAUGUGUCAACCAAAGACCAGGUCACAUCUUCAUUUGUGUAGCAUUUCAUUUUUUAGUAAUUAUACUACCUAAAAUUUUUAUAUUUCAUCCGAAGUUGUCUAUUUAUGUACAUUUUUGUAAUAUUGUACAAUAAACCAGAAACUUUUUACUUGUCAGUUCUUUGUUUUUU